AUGGUCGUGUGCAAGUUUUGGCAGCAGGGUAACUGCAAAUUCGGUGAUUCCUGUCGAUUUGAACACCCAGGGAGUAACCGGUCAGGAGGAUCCAACUCCAACAGAUUCGGCGCGCUUGCGACUGGCGGGGGAGGCCGGCGGGAUAGUGGCUUUGGGGGCGGCAGAGGCAGGAAUCCGGAUUAUAUCAUCAAUCCCACCGAGUUCAGGACUGAAUUAUCAGAGGGCAAGGGACGGCCCAACUGGAUUCUUUCGGCGUGGGGUCCGAAAGAAGGUCCCACGUCGCUUUUGCAAAGCAACGAGUUCAGUCCAGAAGAGAUCAGACUACGCUUCUACGAGUUUGCUAGCCAAGGGAAGGCAGACGAGGCAGAUCGUGAGGCAAUCGAAUUAUGGAAGAAAGCUGACUCCGAUAUGAAGAACCUCGCCGCGAAUGCCGAGGCCAUUGGAAACGUCUUGAGAGAGGCCGAAAAAGCAAAACCAAAUCGCUGGGACUAUCUCUCCUUUGACGGAUCCAAAACAAGGGAUCAAUUCGACGCUGAAUUCAAGUCGCAAAACUCUGGCGGUGCCUUUGGCUCCAACGCCGCUUCUUCUUCAUCCCCCUUUGGUUCCAAUACCACUGCGUCUCCUUUCGGAAAACCAGCGACCUCAACAUUUGGACAACCUUCACAGCCAUCGGCUUUUGGCACUGGUGGUUCUACCUUUGGACAGCCAUCGCAACCCUCGGCUUUCGGUGCAGGGGCAUCUACCUUUGGACAACCUUCCCAGCCAACUUCAUCAUUUGGUCAGCCCUCCACGUUUGGCCAACCUUCACAACCAACUUCAUCUUUUGGACAGCCCUCCACGUCAUUUGGUCAGUCAUCGUUCGGACAGCCUUCACAGCCUACAUCAAGCUUCGGUCGUCCUUCGCAGCCGACGUCUGCUUUUGGCCAGCCCUCUCAACCAACGUCCACAUUCGGACAGCCGACUCAACCCUCAAGCUUCGGACAGCCGUCGCAACCGACAUCUACCUUUGGCAGGCCGUCAGCAUUCGGCGCAGCAACUUUUGGUCAAGCUGCACAACCAGCGUCAGCUUCCAAUCAAAGUACGGCCUUUAAAUCAGGCUCCUUUGGGUCAGGUGCGCCCACAAGCUUCGGGUCUGGCACCUUUGGCACGGGACAAUCUACCUUUGGACAGGCAUCGCAACCAACAUCAGCAUUUGGUCAGCCUUCACAACCAGCCUCUUCUUUCGGCCAGCCGUCACAGCCAACUUCCUCCUUUGGCCAACCAUCCCAGCCAGCCUCCACCUUUGGCCAACCAUCACAACCUACAUCUUCUUUUGGACAACCGUCACAGCCGACAUCGACCUUUGGUCAACCAACAGCUGUAUCAUCUGCUUUUGGAAAACCCAGCGCUUUUGGCCAGGCAGCUACAGGCUCAAGCGGAACCAGUUUUGGCCAGCCUUCACAGCCUGCAUCGUUUGGGCAGCCAUCUGUCCCUCCCACCAACACCGGCUUUGGCUCAACACCGGCACAAGCCAACCCGUUCGGUCCUCGACCAGACAACAAUCAACCUAAAGAUGAGACAAUGGACGCCGAGAAUGAGGCUUCAGCCCCCAGCAAUUCCUUCGGUCAACCAUCCACAAUGAUGGCAGGGUUUGGAAUCAGUACUCCAGCUGCACCAGGGCAGCCAGCAGCCCAGACCUCUGCAACCCAAACAUCUCUCCAGCAACCUUCAUCACAAGCUACAUUGGCAUCUGGACCAGGAAGUACCACCUGGGGCAACAACAGUUUCGAAGCCCACCCGUUGACUGGAAAACCCGCCGCCAAGGUGAUGUAUGCACAAACACUUCCACCGCAAAAGGGACAGAAGGGAGGAUUUGGAGGCCUCAGCUCCUUCCGGGGACAACCAGUGAAAGAGGUGGAUGGCAUAUCAUGUUAUCAACGACCGGAUGGCAAGGGUUUCGAAAAGAUCUGGUUUCCUAACUUCGCCGAGACCGACGACAUCCGUAUCUUGAACGCGCCAACCAAGAUCGCUGACACCCAGGCGCCGGCCCAAGAGUACACCGACGAAAUUACCCAGCAAUUCAGAUAUUUAUUCGAGACGGGAGGGUUCAAGGAUGGAAAGAUCCCGCUUGUGCCUCCCAUGAGAGAUUGGGCGGUCUACGAUUUUUAA